UCCGCAGAUCCAACACAAGACGAGGACGAACGGAAACGAUGCGUCUGUGUUACGGCUCAGCAAUGUCUUCAGUUCAGUAUAUGAGAGACUUCAUCAGGGAUAGAUUGACUGGCGUUGCUGAAGAAAUCUUCUCAGAGGUUAAAAAAACGAUCGUCCGGUACGAGGAGGAAAUCAACCAUCAGCUCAGGCUGCUGGAUAUCAGCCGGAAACCUGAGAUAAAGUUACACAUAAUCGACCUCCCAGAUGAAGAUGAAUGUAAGGAAGAAGAGGAUAUGGAUAACCAGCAGGUCUGUAACCAGGAGAGUCACUCCAAUCUGGACCAGCAGGAUUCAGAUUCUCAGCAGACUAAAGAGGAAGAGGAGGAAAUUUGCACCAGUCUGGAGGGAGAACAGCUUGUACUGAAGCACGAAGGCAAUGGGAUCCUCGUCUGGGCCAGGGAAGACCAGGACAGACUAAGUGACACCAACUGGAAACCUGAAAUAAACUCACACAGAAUAGACCUCCAACAUCAGCAUGUCUCUAAGGAGGAGGAGGAGGAUCUCACAGACCAGCAGGUCUGUAAGCAGGAUAAGAACUCCAGUCUGGACCUGGAUGACUCAGAGCCUCCACAGAUUAAAGAGGAAAAGGAGGAACCUUGUACCAGUCAGGAAAGGGAGCAGCUUGGACUGAAACAGGAGUCUGAUAAUUUUGUGGUGACCCACGAGGAAAGUGAUCACAGUGAACCAGAAGCACACAGUGACCGGAAACUGUCUUGCAACUCUCCUGGACCACAGAGUCAGUGUAACACUGACACAAGUAAAAAGUCUGUAAAGUGUGACACUUGUGGAAAAACGUCUGUAAAAUGUGACACUUGUGGAAAAGCUUUUCACGAUAAAUCCAGACUAACUAAACAUUUGAAAAUUCAUACAGGUGAGAAGCCACAUUCUUGUAGCACCUGUGGAAAAAGAUUCAGUCAAAUUAUAAACUUGAAAACUCACAUGAGAAUUCACACGGGCGAGAAGCCAUAUUCUUGUAACACAUGUGGUAACUCAUUCAGUCAGAAAUCAACUUUGGCACAUCACAUCAGAAUCCACACAGGUGAGAAGCCACAUUCUUGUAGCACGUGUGAGAAAACAUUUACCUGGAAAUCAGAACUGAAACGUCAUAUGAGAAUUCACACAGGCGAGAAGCCGUAUUCUUGUAGCACCUGUGGGAAAACAUUCAGUCGAAAAUCAACAUUAAAAACCCACGUGAGAGUUCACACAGGUGAGAGGCCCUAUUCUUGUAACACCUGUGGGAAAGAAUUUACGGUUUCAUCAACAUUGAAAACUCAUAUAAGAAUUCACACAGGGGAAAAGAUACACUCUUGUAGCAUAUGUGGGAAAAGAUUCAUUCAGAUUAUCCAUUUGAAAAGACAUAUGAAAAUUCAUACAUUUUUCUUGUGUUCAUCUAAGACAACCAACAGCAACAUGAACUGUAAUGAGGGGAAGGGUCUGGAUGUCCAGCAGGUCUGUAACCAGGAGAGUAACUCCACAUUGGACCCACAGGACCCAGAGCAUCCACAGAUUAAAGAGGGAGAGCAGCUUGUAGUGAAGCAGGAGGCCGAGGGCAUCAUCAUCUGGACUGGAGAAGAGCGGCUCAGACUGCUGGAUACCAUCUGGAAACCUGAAAUAACAACAUACAGUAAAGAUCUUGUGCAACAGUGUGUCUUUAAGCAAGAGGAUCUGCAUGACCAGCAGGUGUGUAACCAGGAGAGGAAUUCCAGUUUGAACCACGAGGACCCAGAACUCCCAUGGAUUAAAGAGGAACCAGAGGAACUUUGCACCAGUGAGGAAGGAGAACAGCUUUUAUUGAAGGAGGAGACUGAUACCUUUAUGGUGACUUUUGAUGAAAGUGAACAUGAACCAAACAGAGACCAGCUCCUUUCUCACAACUCUCCUGCACCAGAGAGCCAGCAUCAAGGAGAAAAUGAGCAUGUGGAAUCAGAAUCUACUAGAAAACCAGAGCUGAAGAACAGUAACAGUGUAAACAACUCUCCAGUGCCAGAGAAUCAGUGUAAAACUGGCAAAAGUAAAAAGUCUCUAAAUUGUGACACUUGUGGAAAGACUUUUCAGUACGAAUGUCACUUGACAAAACAUGUAAGAAUUCACACAGGUGAGAAGCCUUUUUUUUGUAGCACCUGUGGGAAAUGUUUUGGUCAGAAAUCAGGACUGGAAACUCACAUGAAAAUUCACACAGGUGAGAAGCCACAUUUUUGCAGUAUCUGUGGAAAAGGAUUCAGUCAGAUGAUAAACCUGAAAACUCAUAUGAGAGUCCACACAGGUGAAAAGCCAUAUUGUUGUAGCACAUGUGGAAAAACCUUUAGUGCCUUGUCAGCCUUCAAAACCCACAUUAGAAUUCACACAGGUGAGAAGCCAUAUUGUUGUAAGACUUGUGGGAAACGAUUCACUCAGAAAUCUGGACUGGAACAUCAUAUGAAAAUUCACACAGGUGAGAAGCCACAUUCUUGCAUUACCUGUGGGAAAAGCUUCAGUCGUAUGAAGUCCUUGAAAACUCACAUGCGAAUUCAUACAGGUGAGAAGCCACAUUCUUGCAUUACCUGUGGAAAAAGUUUCAGUCAUAUGAUGAACUUGAAAACCCACAUGAGAAUUCAUACCGGUGAGAAGCCAUAUUCUUGUAGCACCUGUGGGAAAAGAUUUAGCGAUUUAUCAGGAUUCAAAAAACAUAAAAUGAUUCAUACAGGUGAGAAGCCCCACCCUUGUAACACCUGUGGAAAGAGAUUCAGUGACAUGACGAAUUUGAAAGCUCACAUUAGAAUUCACACAGGUGAGAAGCCAUAUUGUUGUAACACUUGUGGGAAACGAUUCAGUCAGAAAUCUGGAGUGAAAAUUCAUAUGAAAAUUCACACAGGUGAGAAGCCACAUUCUUGCAUUACCUGUGGGAAAAGCUUCAGUCAUAUGACGUCCUUGAAAACUCACAUGAGAAUUCACAUGCCUGAGAAGCCACAUUCCUGUGGCAAUUGCGGGAAAAGUUUUGUUCAGCUGAUACACUUGAAAAGGCACAUGAGAAUUCAUACUAGUUAAGUUUUAAAAUGUGGAAUGUACUUUAUUAUAGAAAAACAAGAAUGGAUAAAUAAUUUAUUGACACUUG